AUGCCGGACAUCAAACUUCCCCACUUCGCGGCGGCGCCGCCGCCGCCCGUUGUCGUGUUCCAAGACGACGACCCAUUGGAGCCUCGGCCUGCCGCCGGCGGGGCGCAGGCCGCCCCGGCAGCCAACGGCGGCCUGGUCCUCAAGGUGCAGUGCGAGUUCCCGGCGCUCGGGAGGGGCGCGUCCUGGGACAAGUUUGCGGUGCUCGUGGACGCCAAGGCUCCCGCCGACGUGGCGCGCGCGCCGCUGGACCUCGUCACCGUGCUCGACGUCAGCGGCAGCAUGAAUGGCCAGAAGCUGGAGCUGGUGAAGCGUGCCAUGUGCUUCGUCGUCGACCAGCUGGGCCCCGCCGACCGCCUCUCCGUGGUCACCUUCUCCAACGCCGCGUGGCGCAUCACCCACCUCGCACGCAUGUCGGCCGCCGGGAAGGCCGCGGCGAAGCUGGCCGUGGAGCGCCUCGUCGUCGUGGGAGGCACCAACAUUGGCCAGGGCCUCCUCGUGGGCACCCAGGUGCUCCUCGGCCGCCGCCACAGGAACGCCGUCGCCAGCAUGAUCCUCCUCUCCGACGGGCAGGACACGUGCCUCCCGCCUGCGAUCGCCCAGCCGAACGGUGGCGUCGCCAAGAGUUACGCGAGCCUCGUGCCGCGCUCGUUCGCGUCGGCCGGCUCCCGGCCCGGGCCGAUCCACACGUUCGGCUUCGGCGCCGACCACGACGCCGCCGCGAUGCACGCCAUCGCGGAGGCCACCGGCGGCACCUUCUCCUUCGUCCAGGACCAGGCGGCGAUCCAGGACUCGUUCGCGCGCUGCGUCGGCGGGCUCCUCUCCGUCGCCGUGCAGGAGACGCGCGUCGCCGUCACGUGCCUGCACCGGGGCGUGCGGGUCCAGGACGUCAAGUCCGGAUCCUACGAGAGCAACGUCGCCGCCGACGGCCGCGCCGCCACCAUCGACGCCGGCGAGCUCUACGACGACGAGAGGAGGCUCUUCCUGGUGCUCGUGUACGUGCCGAGGGCCCGCGCGACGGAGGAGGUCACCCGCCUCGUCAAGGUCAGCUGCACCUACGGCGACGCCGCGACAGGGCAGACGGCCCACGCCGCCGCCCCCGCCGCGGUGAUCCAGAGGCCGCUGGAGCUGGAACACAUGCCGCCGCCGUCCAUCGAGGUCGAGCGGGAGCGCGUCCGGCUCGCGGCGGCCGAGGGCAUCGCGGCGGCGCGGGCGGUGGAGCGGUCGGCGCCGGGGGCGGCCGGCGACGACCCGACGUGCGAGGCGAUCAAGGAGGAGCUCCGCGACCUGAGCGCCCGCGUCGGCGACCGGCGGGAGUACCAGCAGACGGGGCGCGCGUGCCUGCUCGCCGGCAUGAGCUCGCACGCGCAGCAGCGAGCGUCAGGGGUGGAGCUGCAGGGGUCGGCGGGGAAGGCUGCUGCUACUGCUACUACUAGGGCGUACCUGACUCCCAAGAUGGAGGAGAUGGUGGAUCUGUCGCGUGAGAGCAGCAGGAAGCGUGGCAGCAGCCAGAGGCCAGGCGGCAGGUCCGAGCAGGUUAUUAAACAGGUCAAGCAAGAUCUCAGCGAGAAUUUCUGA